CGCGUGUCUAUCUGGCAGUCACGUGAUCGUGACAUUAAAGCGGAAAUGACAGUUAGCUUUUUACAGACUUACGGAACUUAAGGAAGAUAGAAAGGGCUGUGAUGUGAAAAUGGCAUCUGCCAGUGUGUCUCAGUCUGUUAGUGUUCAGGCUACAGAGAAAUCUCAGUUGACCUUGAAAGUGGUUUCAGCUAAGCCUCAGUCGCCCAAGCUGCCCAGUCGUCACUCUCGUCUGAGUUCGUUUGUGGAGGUGACUGCUGAUGGCCUGACCAGUGAAACAAAGAAAACGGGCAAACGCACGGGACACCUGGAGUUACAGUGGAAUGAAGACCUCACACUGAACGUGACUCCUCAGAGUCAUUUGGAUCUGAAGUUGUGGAGUUGUCACACUUUGAGGAAAGAGCUUUUGGGCAGUGCCACCAUUGAUUUACUGGACACCUUACGAACACAUGAUGGCAAGAUGGAGAAUGUUCAGCUCAGUCUGGUUCUACAAACAGAGAACAAAGGCUCGGUUGUAGCAGGAGGUGAGCUCAACGUCUGUCUGGACGGCUUGGUUGUUGAUCUGGGAUCCUUGCCCAAUGGCAGUGCUGCCUUAGACAAGAUUGUUCGCUCAAGCAGGUCUAGUCUGCGAAGAGCUCAAAGUGAGGAGACCUCCAGCAGCAGCCCUCGUGGACGAUUAGUAGGUCAGUCUUCCAUGGCUUCUCGGGGAGGUUCUCCUGCUGACCUAAGGGGAGUUUCUCUCACUAAUGGAGAACUGAAUGAAGAGCCUGUAGACAACACAUCCCACAGCAACAUAAAGAUGGCCAACAACAGCUCCAGCAAUGCUGCUAAAGAAGAGACGUCAGCCAAUGGGAUGGAUGGCAGUCAUGUGUCAUGUCCUGCUACAUCCUUGCCGUCGCUAAGCUCUAACCCCACUGACGGGACCGACAGUUUUGCUUUGCCACCAACAACAGAGACUCCCUCUAGCACUGACCAAACCAGUACUACCACAGAGACGUGUGCCACUGAUGCUCUACCUGCUGGCUGGGAACAGCGGGUUCUGCCUCAUGGACGAGUGUACUACGUGGAUCAUAACACAAAGACCACCACAUGGGAGAGACCCCUCCCACCAGGUUGGGAAAAGCGCGUGGACCAGCGGGGUAGGUUCUAUUAUGUGGAUCACAACACCAGAACUACCACAUGGCAGCGACCCACAGCAGAGUCUGUGCGCAACUACGAGCAAUGGCAGUCUCAGCGCAGUCAACUCCAGGGGGCCAUGCAGCAGUUCAACCAGAGAUACCUCUACCAGUCGUCUGGAGGUGUUGUAGAGAAUGACCCGCUCGGUGCUCUUCCUCCAGGCUGGGAGAAACGUCAGGACAAUGGCAGAGUUUAUUACGUCAAUCACAACACUCGAACUACACAGUGGGAGGAUCCUCGAACCCAAGGGAUGAUCCAGGAGCCACCCCUGCCCCCCGGCUGGGAGAUGAAGUACACGGCAGAGGGGGUGCGAUACUUUGUGGACCACAAUUCUCGCACCACCACCUUUAAAGACCCCCGGCCAGGCUUUGAGUCAGGUUCACGGCAAGGGGGUUCUCCGGGCGCGUACGAUCGCAGCUUCAGGUGGAAAUAUCAUCAGUUCCGCUUCUUGUGUCACUCCAACGCACUGCCCAGUCAUGUGAAAAUCUCUGUGUCACGACAGACGCUCUUUGAGGACUCGUUUCAACAGAUCAUGAAUAUGAAGCCGUAUGAUCUCCGUCGGAGGCUGUACAUCAUAAUGAGAGGAGAAGAGGGUCUGGAUUAUGGAGGAAUAGCCAGGGAGUGGUUUUUCUUGCUGUCUCAUGAGGUGUUAAACCCCAUGUACUGUCUGUUUGAAUACGCCGGUAAAAACAACUACUGUCUGCAGAUCAACCCUGCGUCCUCCAUCAACCCCGACCACCUCACAUACUUUCGCUUCAUUGGACGCUUCAUUGCCAUGGCGUUGUACCAUGGGAAGUUCAUUGACACUGGUUUCACUUUACCCUUCUACAAACGCAUGCUCAACAAGAAACCCACCCUAAAAGACUUGGAAUCUAUCGACCCCGAGUUUUACAACUCCAUCAUGUGGGUCAAAGAGAAUGAUCUGGAAGAGUGUGGAGUUGAGCUGUACUUCGCUCAGGACAUGGAGAUUUUGGGCAAGGUGACGACACACCAGCUAAAGAAUGAUGGAGAGAAUGAACUGGUCACUCAGGACAACAAAGAGGAGUAUAUCGGCCUGCUCACAGACUGGCGGUUCAUGCGAGGGGUGGAGGAACAAACGAAGGCCUUCCUGGACGGCUUCAAUGAGGUCGUGCCGUUGGAGUGGUUACGCUAUUUUGAUGAGAAAGAAUUGGAGCUUAUGCUGUGCGGGAUGCAGGAGAUUGAUCUGAGUGACUGGCAGAAGAACACCAUCUAUCGACAUUACACUAAAAACAGCAAACAGAUCCAAUGGUUCUGGCAGGUGGUAAAGGAGAUGGACAAUGAAAAGCGAAUUCGCCUCCUACAGUUUGUCACUGGAACGUGUCGGCUUCCGGUUGGAGGUUUUACUGAACUUAUAGGAAGUAACGGACCACAAAAAUUCUGCAUAGACAAAGUGGGGAAGGAAACCUGGCUGCCCAGAAGUCACACUUGUUUUAAUCGCCUGGAUCUGCCGCCCUAUAAAAACCUGGAGCAACUCAGAGAGAAACUGCUGUUUGCUAUUGAGGAAACGGAGGGUUUUGGCCAAGAAUGACCAUUUAAAUGAAAAGAAUAGGACCAAGAUAAUAAUUUAACCAAUGUCAUACUUUUUUUUUAAUAGCCAUUACAUUAAUACCACUAAUGUGGACUGGGUAUUCUUCAGUAGUGUCAGUCAGUUCGAAGUCACUGAUUGACCAACAGCGGAUUCAUGAUGUUAAAAUGACAGUUUUCAUUUAAGCCACUUCAGGGAAUGAACAUCUUAAAUUACAGCUCAGACUUCAUACAUUUCUAUGCAGAACAAAAAGUCUAAAUAAUAAGGCAUUUGAUUGCUUUACAUUUUCAAUCCCUGCUGAAAUGAAUUGUCCGAGUCAAAAUGGAAGAAAUGUCCUCUUAAGUGAAGAGACACAAAACAAUCAUAACAAUGAUAAGUUAAACAGCAAUGAACUUCAUCUACACACAUCCUAGACUGCUGAGCUUAUGCCAUCGCGUGUAUAUAUGAGCUAGAGAAAAUACUUGUCUUUAAAAGGGUUCAUCUAUCACAUUUUUAUUUUGUGACAUGCUGUGUUAAGCUGUAUAUAGUUGAAAUAAAAUCAUGUCAUGGACCGUGAUAAAA